AUGAUGGCGGAAAGCUUUAGCAACUUUUUUUUUCCAUCAAAGGUUGGUUAUGAUAUGGCCAGAGAAUUGAUUCCCAGCUUGCAACCACUUUCUCCAUUAGAGCAUCCUGGAACUUCUUGUAGUACUUUCAUCAAGGUAGUUAUAUUUAUGUACCCCUACCCAAAAUAAUUUUUUGGCACUUACUGAUCAUUAAGCUCACAUCCUAGUGCACUUAAGAGUCUUGACCUUGUAACCAUAACUGACAAAACCUGGAUUUAGUUCAGUUUACACCAUUCUACAUACAACACUCUAGACCAUGUUUCAGCUCUAUGCUAACAUGACCACUGGUAAUCUGAACAUUGAAUAUAUUCUUGAAACUCCUUAAAAACUACUGAUAUAAGGAAAAGAUGUUGUUUAUCUAAAACAUGAACAAGAAAAUACAAUGAAUUGUCUCAGUGGGGCUGCUAGUGUCCUUGGAGGCUCAAUUUUAUGCCAGAACCCUUGCACACCCCACACUGGCUUGCUUCACCCACCCCAUCAAUUCUUGCAGACUUUGUAAGAAGCUUGCAUUUAGUGCUCAUGUGGCAGUGCCAGACUCCUGGUAAACCUUACUGUGCUCAUUAGGUGAAGCUCACAUGAUUCUUAUGCUUGUCAGCUGAAGCUGAAUCAAAUUUAAAAGAAGCAUAGCCAUGAAUUCUUCUGAUGGUUUUUUUUAAUUUCCUCUUAGAGUGAUAUUAAGUCAAGUUGUAGCCCACAAGUCAUUGAUCUCACAAGUGAAGGCUCUUUAACAACUAUGGCACAUCAGCCAUUGAGGCAUAUGCCUCCUUAUCCAGCUCAUCCUCAUCAUUCCUCAGCCUUUCACAGAGUUAAUAAUCUGCCUGGUCAUCCACCCUCAGAAAGUCAUGGGUGAGUACUCUAUUUUACAACAACUCAAGCCCAAGUUAAUAAAAAUGCUAUAUUUUUUGUGUUAUAUGUGCGAUAUGAUGAAAAUUAUUUUGAGUCAGUCAGGGUCUAUCUUAUGUUGCUUUACCUGCAUCUGUCAACUUAUUUAAUAUUCUGAUUUAGAAGUAAUUUUGUGUUUUAGGAGUUCAUCAAGUCAUAGCUGCCCCUUUCUUCAUCAGCAACAGCAGCAGCAGCAGCAACACCAUCACUCUUCACACAAUAGAUUUUUCCAUCCAUCAACAAACAACAAUUUCUGCCCUCUCAGUAUGGGAUCUACAGUUCCUUUACAACAUCACCCACCCCAUUCUGGACCACCAGUUCUCAUUGAUGUGGAUCAAAUACCUGAUCAUGUCAGAGCAGUACCAGUAACAAGCCUACCAAACUCUUUGCUAGUUGCAGGUGUCCCUGUUGCAGCGCCAACAUACAUUCAACCUCACCAUUCUCCAGUAAGUAACCUUCUUAGAAGUUUACACCAAAUUGUUGUAGCCAGCCAUGUCACAGACAGGUACCAAUAGGAAACUUUAAAAAGGAAAACAACCUAAACUAGAAUUAGUUGUAUGUAGGAUUCAUAGUAUUAGUAGUAUUAGUUUUUCAUUUUUUUAUUCUGCUGAUUUUUCAGAUGGAUGUUGAUGGCAGAGGAAGUAAUGGAGUCAGUACACACCAUCAUCAUCAUUAUCACCACCAUCACCACCACCACCAUCAUCAUGUCGUGCAGCCUCCUUACCAAGUUCCACAGCCACAGGCAUACCACCCAUACCCUACACCUGGAAGUAUGGUAAGAUAUCAUUUUAACCCAACAUAUGGAACUGCGUUCUUUUCAUCAGUUCUGUGAAGUUUCCAAUCUUCAAGGAUAUAGUGAGUUUUGUAGUGUAUUAAGAUAAGUAAUCAAUAAAAUAGGGAGGGCCCUGAGUAGUGUGUUAUUUUAUAUCUUACUCCAGGAUUACCACAUCUCCAUCCCUUCUAUAAAUAAAGAGACCAUAUAUUCAGUUGUGGAAUUUGUGAAUCAGGUCUAAGACAUCCAUUUUUGUUCUUGUCUCUAUUAGCACUACAGACACUACCGAAGAUGGCACCACAACAACACAUCUCAUCCAGGUUGGCCUUCCCGGCGUGCUCACCGCACACCUCCACCACCACCCCCUCCUCCUGUGCACUCUGGUGUACAUCCAUACCCUGAUUUACUCUAUCAUUUAAUAUCUGUGAUGUCCAUACAGCAGUUAGCAACACAGCCAACUCCUGCUGCAUGGGAAGAAGAACUUCAUCCACGUGAAAACUAUGAGGUAAGUUUUAAUUUAAGAGGAAAUUGCCAGCUAUUAAGUGCUCCUUCAUGGUUGUUAAAAUUCCUUUACAUUUCUUGCAGACCCUCCUUAACUUUGCAGAGCAAAUGGGAGAGGUAAAACCUAAAGGAUUGUCACGUGUUGAAAUCGAUCAGCUUCCCACAUACCGUGUAACAGCAGGAGCAAAGGAAGAAGCUGAGGAAAAACGAUGUGUGGUUUGCUUGGUAGACUUCGAAGAGAAACAGCUUGUCAGAGUAUUGCCUUGUUUGCAUGAGUAUCACACAAGAUGUAUUGACAAAUGGCUCAAGGUAAGAGCAGUUUUGAUUUCCAAGGAUUAUAAAUUAAGGUCUAUUUCAAGGUUUUGGGCCAGGGUUUUAAAUUUCAUGCAAGUAACAUUUGUGGUAAUUCUUUUCAUCAGAUGGAUUGAAAGAUUGCAAUUUACUUGAAAUUUUGAAAUGUAAAAAAUUAAUUGACUUUGAAUUGUACUUAUAAAGCAAAUCAAUUAAAAGCAAUAUUAACUAUGGUAUUGAAUUGAAUCAUGGAGCAGGAUUUGACCAAUCUUUAUUUGUAGCAAAACAGUUGAGAAAUAUUUUUUAGUUUGCUUUAAACAAUAAGGGAAAAAAAGGGAUAACACCUGUUUAAUUUAACUUGAGGAAGUGACUUCCCACCCCUUUUAAAGGAGUCUAAAGCAGACCAAGAGUAAUCUGUAGUUAGUUGGAAUUGUAUGACUGUAAAUAUUAUUAAACAAUGAAUAAAAAGAAUAUUAAGUAAUGGUUAGACUGUGCAUCUUAAAAUUUUUUCAUCCAUUUAGGUUGAUAGCUAAUAAUAUGAUUAAUGAAUUUAUUUGUAUUUAUUUUGUAGUCAAACAGAACAUGUCCCAUUUGCCGAGCAGAGGUUAAUGUCAAUACAGAUUAAAGUGAAGAGUUGAAAAAUGGAUUUAAGGGUGAUGUACCCUUAAUGAAGAACAAAAGAGGUAGCAGCUGCAAUAAAAUUUGGGGUCAAGAAAGAUGGCUUAACAUUGAAAGGCCUUCAAUUGUAAAAAGCUAUAAAAUCUUAAUUGCUAUGUAACCGCAAUGUGUUCCUUGAAUGAAAGGUGCAAUAAUGCAGACUUUGAAAAAAUGCUAUAUAUUUGGAAGUGUUGAGACAAAAUUGAGAUAACCAGCUUAUGCUGACAUAGGAACAGUUGUAAACAUUGUGGCUAUCAUGAUGUUGAGCCCUUUAUACCAAUACAAGGAAAUAAAACAAUUUAUUUUUAGCUUAUGGAAUACUCCAACCCUUUAAAUUCUAGGGAGAAAGUCAUCUGAGAAAAAGUGAAGCAUUUAUGCAAAACAUUAAAUUUGUUGGUGCAGAACGAAAAGGAAUUUUAUCUGGAAAUUUUUCUUGCUUUAUGCUACAUAGUCAAUACUUUCAUUUUCGAAUUGAAACUACACAGGUCAGUCAUAUCUCUUACUGCCAAAUACAUGGCUUUGUGACCCAUAUUUUGAACAUGUCAGUGGAAAUGCAGAUCGGUAAAAACUAUGUGUAAGCUUGAUGCUGCUAAGAAGUGAUGAAACAGUUUUUGUUUUCAAUCUCUUGACCUUAAUGAUCUAAGAAUUUCUCUGUCCUAAGGAGUAUAUUGAGAAACCUAUUUUUCCUUAUGAGAAUUAGCAAUUCUGUUUUUAGGAUUUAGGAACUUUUCAGAUCAAUUGAGUAUAGGUGGGUUUUCUCUUUUCUGCUUGCAUGUAUUCAUUUUGGUAAAUGAAGUCCAUGGUUCACCUGUUGUUCCAUUUAAGUAGUUUUGAAGAGAACAGUUCAAUUUUUUGGUUUUUAAUCAUGGUAAGGUAUCUCAUUACAAUUUCGAUGGAAUAGAAAACUUUGACAAGUUUCGUAUUACACAAAAGAUAUUAAAACCAAGGUCAGAUAAAUUAAUUGGGCUUGAUUGUGACCAUUGAGCAUAAUGCUGGAAGAAGUAUUGUACUUAAUGAACAUACAUAUCUUAACCUCUCUUUUUCUCUGACUUUCAUGAAGUUUCCAGGCAACACAUUGGAAAUGCUGUCUCACUUUUCAUUACUUUGGCUAGUAGGCAAAGACACGUCAACAGAUGGCUUGUUACUAUUCAAGUCCUUGCUAUGCGUGGUUGCCUGGGCACUGUGAGAAUUAAAAUUUGCUUUUAAAGCUUGCACCUUAAGUCUAGUUAAAUUUUGACCUCAGCCUAAGUAAAUCUCAAAGUUUUGAGUGUAAUUUAUCUGACCUCUAUCAUAAUUAGCCUCAGUGUAAUUGUUUUGUAUUUUUAGUGUUCUAAAGAGUUACUUUAAAUGGAGCAACACCUAUUUACCUUCCCAAAAUACGAACAUUUUACUAUCUCAUAUUAUUUUGUUACCUGUGAUAAACAGAGAAGUGUACUUUGCUCAUUCUGUUUCAAAACAGAAACCCUCUCAUACCAAAGCAAUUUGUAAAUAAAGAAUGGCCAUUGAGUAAGACAUGCUAGGUAUGAAAACUAAAAGUGGGAAAAAUAAUUUUUAUAAAGUAAUGUCACAUACAUAUAGAUAUAUUCUGCUGUUUUGUACAAAAAAGUAUAAGUUACCAUGUGCAUGGGGAUGAAUGUGGCUGUGAAAGUAAACAAAAGUUGAGAGCAAUAUACUGAGCAAAAGUUGCAUUACUGAUUUUAUUAAAAGGAAUUUGAAAAAUGGCAGCCAUGAAAGAUCAAUGUACAUGAAACAGCAAUAACAAAUAAAGAUAACUUUUAUGACAAGUUGUGAGAUGAAUUAUUUUAUCUUGUUUGAUUCCUUUUGCCAAAAGCUGGCAUCAAUGAUGAAAACAGGCGUAAAACAAUGUGAUGACAGUACAGUGCAAAGGGACUAACAGUAAUAAUGGUGUCUCUCUGCAAUGAGUAAUCCAAAUUACAACAAUUGUUCAGGUAAUUGUGUAGUACAUUGCAUCUAUUGCUGUCAUUAUUUCUUACUUUUGAAAACCUCCAUCUAAGAAAAUUAAAUAUAUUUUCACCUUUAAUUUCUUGAAGUGAUUAACAUUUAACUUGCCAAUAUAAUAUCCAACAUUACCCAGGCAAACAGUAAUAAGACUAUUCAAACUUAUGGGGUUGAAGUUAUCUUGAUCUAACAUCACAUUCUUGUAACCAAUAUACAAGGAAAUGUGUAGAAGUUAGAGGAUAGA